AUGGGGGGCUCCACCACGGGCAGCGGCCCGGGUAGAUCUCUCAGCCCCAUCCGACAAGAUGUGGAGGGGUUCAAUGAAUCGACAUGGCAACGACAAUGUUACGAUGCCUUCCAGACAGCCAUUCUCUCGGAAGACCCAGUUGCCUUCCCCUGUAUAUAUGCGACAAAAGGCUUCAAAGCCCGCGAGCACCGAUACAUCUUCAUCGAGUCUGACGAUAUGAGUGAUGAUAAGAAUAUGAAAGUCAUGGCUACUGCUUUGAAGAAAUACCUCGAAACACCUCACUCGGAGCUAGGACCAAACACUAGCAUGGUAGUUCUGUUCCCCAUCCCCACCUCACCACUGAGUGUGAAGGACUACUACCAGAAAUACUGGGAUUGUCUGCGUGGCCUACGCGCACGAGAUCCUAAGCCCUGGCCCGGCCAUAUCCCUACAGAUACCGAUACUCCUAUGUGGCGAAUGUGUUUCGAUGGACAGCCCAUCUUUAGUGCCGCCUUGACACCUGGUCAUUCCAAGAGACGUUCUAGAUAUGCACCUUGCUUCUGCAUCGUUUUCCAGCCCAACUUUGUGUUCGAUAUUCUGUUUUCUACCCAGCUGAAGAAACAGUCGGCUAUCUCGAAAGUGAGGACUCUGUUGAGUGAUUAUGAUGAUGUGGCUGUCAGCCCAGAAUUGAAGAAUUACGGAGAUGAGACUGGCCGGGAAUGCAAGCAAUAUUUUAUUAUGGAUGAUAAUUAUGCCCCCGCGUGCCCUUACACAACGCUUGGAUAA